AUGGAGGCGAAGUGCGCAGCUAUCUGGAGCUCUGUCGAUGGGAGGAGCGAGGAGUCUGAGAUGAUUGCUCACCUGCAGUCCAUGUUCUGGAGCAACAGUGAUGCUGCUGUCAACCUGUGCUCUCCAAACACCAGUGACAAUUCUUGUGUUACAGCUAGCACAGUGCAUAGUAAUUUGUUCCUUCCUCUUGACAUGGAGAGCCAUGCCACAACGCCAAUGGUGAACACUGGCAUGGACCUAUGCUUUGAUCACCGGCAUCAGACCGUUACUGGUCACAAGAGGACAUCCCAUAUGGAUGAGCAGAUCAAGAGAACUAGCAAGAAAUCCCGGACUGUUCCCUCGGUAUCAGAUGCUCCGUGUUUAAGCCUAGCUGAUAACGAGACCAAUGGUGACACUGUCAAUCAGAGCUCUUCGUCCUGCUGCAGCUCGGAAGAAGAUUUGAUUGACGCAUCUGAGGAAUCCUUUGUUCCGAACCAGGGUGACAAUUCAAGAGGUUGCAAGCGGCCUUCGAAGAAUUUGCAGUCUCUUUGUGCAAAGAGGAGAAGAGAGAGGAUCAACGAGAAAUUGAGAGAACUGCAGAACCUGAUUCCCAAUGGAACCAAAGUUGACAUUAGCACAAUGUUGGAGGAAGCAGUCCAGUAUGUCAAGUUUCUGCAGCUGCAAAUAAAGGUAGUCUUGAGCUCUGACGAGACAUGGAUGUACGCACCUCUCGCCUACAAUGGUAUGGACAUCAGCCUGAGUCUGAGAAUUACCACAGCCCAAGAAUGA